AUGAAUGAGGCCACAGAUGUCCUGCUGUUGAAAUUGGCAGCUGCGGCCAAGGAGAAUCGCGUGGUUGAUCUGUACACGCUGAUUGGAAGCAUGACUCUCCAAGUUGUUGGAACGACUGCAUUUGGGGUUGAGUUCAACACUCAGGAACUGGACAGCACAGACACAAAGUUGGGAGAGGAGCAGCAGCAAACUGCACAGCGCCUGAGGGAUGCCGUUGCAUUCAUUUUUUCUGUCAGUGUUUUCAAUUUCUCAGCGUACAGCCCCUUCAUCUUCUUGUUCCCCUUCAUGGCACCUCUCUUGCGCGUCCUGGCGGCCACCUUCCCGGAUAAGGGCUUGCUCAAGAUGAAGCGCAGCCGCGAGAUCAUCAUAGAGGAGGUUGCUGCCCUCAUCCGCCAACGCCGCCUCGCCCUCAACGAAGAGGUCAAUGGGGAGAAGCAGGGUGGGGCCAGGGGUCUGCGGGAGGACACGCUGGGGGUGAGGAAGGGGGUCGCGCCCGGCAGCUUCCUGGACCUGCUCGCCUUUGUGUUGAUGCUGGCGGGGUAUGAAACAACAGCCGCGGCGCUGUCUUUCACGCUGUAUCUGCUGGCCGCCAACCCGGACAAGCAGCAGCUGCUGGUGGAUGAAGUGGACAGCUUUGGCCGAGACAGGAAGCCCAGUCUGGAGGACUUGGAGAGCCUGCCCUUCCUGGAUGCCUGCCUGAAGGAGGGGCUGCGGCUGUACCCCCCGGCGCCCACGCACAUCCGGGAGGCCGCGCGCGACACUGAGAUCGGCGGGUACCGGGUCAGGAAGGGGCAGUGGCUGGGAUGCGCCGUGUGGUCCAUGCACCGCAACCCCAAGUACUGGAAGGACCCGGAGCGUUUCCUGCCAGAGAGGUUCAUAGAGGGGGCCGCAGAGCAUGAGGAGGGCGUGUACAAGAAGUGGUUCCCUUUCGGCGACGGCAUCCGCGCUUGCAUCGGCGCCCGUUUCGCUCUCAUGGAGGCCAAGGUGACACUGGUGCGGAUGUAUCAGCGCUUCACAUUUGAGCUGGAGCCCGGGCAGGUGCCCUUGAAGAUCCGCAACAACAUCACAAUCAGCCCUGAGAACGGCGUCCUUGUGCGGACCAUUCCCCGCCCUGCCACCCUGCAGAGGGAGCCCUGA